AUGUCAGGCGACCUGAGGAGGCCGAGAGCAGGGGCCUGUGUGACUUGUCGGUCCCGCAAGCGCCGCUGCAUUCCGACGCCCAACGGAGACGGCUGUCAGCUUUGCCAUGAAACAGCAAAGCCCUGCAGUCUCAAGAUCGUAUCACGCUUCGAGAGGGCGAGAAAUGGUGGACGGUACCAGUCGAUCGGCGGAAACGCGCCGCUGAAUCUGCCGUCCAACGGUUGCGAGGCUCCCGAGGCUCCUCUUGGAGGGCUGGCAUCGCGAGAUAUCUGGGUCGAGCUUGUUCAGCUCUACUUUCGCUUUAUACAUGACAUUGCCCAUACAAUAUUCCAUAAGCCCAGCUUCCUCUGUCGCCUCUAUAAUGGCACAGCGCCCAUGAUCCAGGUCUAUGCAAUAUUUUCCAGCAACCCGACCUUUGAAGGAUCAGCUCCGUGCGAUCGAGGAAAGGCGUUCGUCGCGGAAGCAGUUCGCCUUUGCCAGCCGUAUAUGAUAUCCCCGAGUCUGGAGACGGCCCAAGCUUUUUUGUUGAUCGGGUAUUAUUUCAGCGGGGAGAGCAAUGUGGAUGGUAAACAUAUAUACGUUGGGUUGGCUCGUUUGCAUGCCGAGAGACUAUCGCUCAGCGACAAUCUGAGUGCUGUUUAUCAGGAGGAGUACCGGCGGACUUGGCUGUCAAUUCACAUUACGAGCCAUUGGUCGGCGUGGGAUAUGGCAAUGGAGCCCCUCAAUUUGCCUAACGGAUCGGACUUCUUACCUAGAAUUGACGAUGCAACUUUCCGCACCACCAACGCCGCGCUCCUCAAUGCCAACCAUAUCCAGGAUGAAUUUCGCUGUGACAUGUGGGCGCAAAUGGCACGAACGAUUGGGAUAUUUGCUAAGGUGAAUAAUGUAUUACGACGUCUGAGCCGCAAUAUGAUCUCCUUUGAUGACUAUUGUGUGGAAGCAGCGGAACUGGAAGCUUCCUUGGACCGAUGGGCCGAAAGCCUGUCCCCGAUGUUGACGUGGAGUUUUGAAAACCUCAUGUUGCUGGCGGGAAGGCGGCUCGGUCAGUUAUAUCUGGCUAUGCAUGUUGGCUUCUUCCACUUCAAGCAAAUGCUCUUUUUCCCAUUCCUGGAUGCCAGAGCCUCGAAGAAUCCAAAACCCAGCGGAGCUGACAAGUGCAAGGACAGCGCGUCUGUAGUCUCGUCUAUCCUGCAAUAUUCCAAAAACAUCAAGGACUGCGAACUGGAGAACUUCAUAUAUGGUCACAUUGGUGUCGUCAGUUCGUGUGUUCAUCUCCAUACGCUUUUAUUCAGCGAUGAUUACCGAGAACUCUCUAUCACAAGACAGCGUCUAGUAUCCAACUUUCAGUAUCUGAUGGCGCUCAAGUCAUAUUGGCCGAUUGUGGAGCAUUUUGCCAUCCAGCUGCGGACAUUCCAAAAUUCCUGCAGGGACUCCAUAUCAGAUCCAUUUAUGCUUGACAACUGGAUGGCUCGAUUCCUCACAGAACACUCGUCGCUGCUGUCGGAGAGGCAGCUAUCCCAACCCGCCGAACCUGGGGGACCUCUGGCGAGCGACCCUAAGACGAGCUCGGGAACUGCUACGCCUGAGAUGCUGCCUACGAUCGAAUCCAUGACUACUUAUGCCAAUGGGAACCACGGAUCAAGCAUAACAGAGGAUGAAUUAUCACAAUGGAACGAUCUGUCGCGCUUGUUACAUGACCAGGAUAUAACAGGGGAAGCCCUGGUUGACAGCGCCUUGACCUGGUUAUUGGACGAUCGAGGUAACCAAGUGGCUUCGAUAUGA